AUGAAAACAGCCACAGUCUUUGUUCUGGUAGCUUUGAUUUCCAUGAAGAUGAAUAUUGCCUCGGCUCUGUCUAAUUCCAAAACAUUCGAAAAACCUGGAGCUUGUCCUCAGCUACCCCCAGGCACUUUUGGAAUUUGUGUGGAGCGAUGCUCAGGAGAUGGGUCAUGCUCUGGCAAAAUGAAGUGCUGCAGCAAUGGCUGUGGUCAUGUCUGCAAACCUCCUGUCUUUUAA